AUGAAUGGUAUGGGUCUAUAUGAUAAUAUUUACUCACCUGGAUUAUUCGUUUCAAAGGAUGGUAAUUUAAUGAUAGCAGCAUAUGUUGAUGAUUGUAUAAUUGCUGCUAGAACAGAUCAAGAAUUAGAUGAAUUUAUAAAUACAUUGGAAAAACAAUUCUCAAUAAAAAUAGUUGGUGGAAUGAAAAAUAAUAUGCUUAAUACAGAUAUUUUGGGAAUGGAUUUGAAUUAUGAUUAUGAAAAAGGGGAGAUAGCAUUAAGCAUGACUAGCUAUAUAAAGAGAUUAGAAAAGGAACAUCCAAUGAUAUUAAAUGAUAAAUUAAAAGAAGAAAUGAUUCCAGAUAUUGAUAAGUUUAAAAUAAAUCCAAAACAAGAUAAAUUAAUUAUGACUAAAGAGGAAUACAAGAAGAAAGUAAGAUAUUUACAAGAGUUAAUCGGUAAAUUAAAUUAUAUUAGGUCUAGAGGAAGAAUUGAUAUAGAAUGUGCAGUAAGUAAAAUGGCUCGAUUAGUUUUAUAUCCUCAUAAAAAGGUAAUUGAGUUAACCGAACAAAUACUAAAAUAUGUUUAUAAAACACAAGAUACAAAGACUGUUUUUAAAAGAGAAGAAGUAGAAAAUAUAUCAAACAUCACGGUGAUUUCAGAUGCUUCGCUAGCAUCUGAAUUUGAUCUUAAAUCAAGAUGUGGUGCAUUAAUAUGGUUAGGAAACAAUUUUUUCCAUGGAUUUUCAAAAAAAUCAUCAAUUUUAUGUACAUCAUCAGCAGAAGCUGAAUUAGAUGCCAUAAAUCAGGCUGAGAAAAUUGCAUUGCUAUUAAAAUUGAAAUUAGAAAAGAUGAUGGAUUUUAAAAACAUAAGAAUAUGUGUAAUUACUGAUUCCAAACCAGCAUUGGACUGGUUGAAACAAGAUUAUUUUAAAGCAAGAACCAAAUUUUUGGGACUUAGAAUUGAAAGAUUAAAAGAAAGAAUAUUAGAUUCAGACUUAAGUCUAAGAAAAAUCAGUGGAAAAGAAAAUCCUGCAGAUCCAUUAACAAAAUCCACUACUAAUAAAGAUAUAAAUAAAUUAAGAAUGAUUGUACAACAUGAAUUAACACCCAAAGAGUUGCUUCCAAUCACUGUCCUCUGGAAUGCUGGUAAUGGAAAUCAUUAA